AUGCUCAGAUCCACCUGCGCUUGGACGCUACGGACCGGAUCAGAACCAACUAAAGGCGAACGCAGGGCGUUCACGCAAAUAGCUCCUGUCCAACUGAAGGUGAGAGAGGCCACAGAAUCAUCCAUAAGGGAGGCAGUGGAAUUCAAGGCUCAAGGUGAGCGACCACGAAGAUCUCCAAAGACGCGGUGGCGAGAUGUGGUCAAGAAGGACCUCGGGGCCAAAUUAAUGGCAGAAGAUGCCGCGAUAGAAGGAAGGGAGGCAGCUGACAAGAAAAGCUGA